GCUGUUUGACUGUCGCUUUCUUUGUGCAUGAAUAUCCGGUGAAUGGUGAAGAUAAAAGCGUUAGAAAUGGCGAUCCUGAGACGUUGAAACAUUCAUUAUAGCGAUUUUUAAACAGCCUACACGCUGGACGGGAAGAUGUGGUGUUUUAUUUCGGAGCCGAACGGCAUCAUUCACGAAAUUUUCCUCUCGAAAAAUGCUGUCGGUCAGGAGUGUUUAGACAAGGUGAGGAUUUACACUCAAAAGGCUCUGAGCGAUUGGCAUGAAUAUUCGCAACUCAUCAUACACCUGUAUGCUGGUUGUAUUUUUAGGAAACGGCGUUUCAUUUCGCUAGUUUUCGAUUGACGUAAAGGACUUUUAUAAUUUUUCAUCGUUUGCAGGUUUGCGAAAUGUUAAAGCUUGUCGAGAGGGAUUAUUUUGGUCUGAAAUUUGGUGGCGCGAAAGGAGAAAAGUUUUGGUUAAAUUUGAGAAAUUCUAUGGCGUCUCAGCUAACAGGAAAGCCCCCUUAUCGACUGUAUUUCCUAGUAAAAUUCUUCGUGAAACCACAGGAGCUUCAGCAAGAAAUAACACGGUAAGCGAGACAGAUGAAUUUUAUCGUUAGUUCUCUGUUAUUGCGUUAUGACAAUUGUACCUGCUAUUGGAACUCCUUAAUAUAAACCUCACUCGAUCAGUAUUUGUCAUUUGUUUAUUUUACUGUUCUACCUCUUUCGUUUUCGUUCUUAAUUUCUGUUUUAAACAUAUUUUCAGACACCAGUAUUAUCUGACGUUAAAGAACUUUAUAAAGGAAGGAAGGUUGGAUUUGUCCUCUCUGCAAACGAAGACCAUCGCUCGGCUAUGUGCCCUGCUUGCUCAUAUAGAAUGCGGGGAUUUUACCCAAGAACGAACUCCAAAAUAUUCCUGUUAUAUUCCCUUGUCUGUUUACAAUGUCUAUGCCAAAACCUCAGAUCUUCAAAAGGACGCAGCCAUUGAGCACGCCAAGCUUGUUAACUCUCCCAUAAGCGAAUCGAAAAUCGAGUUUUUGCACAUAUCUGGUGGUAUUCCUGGCUAUGGAAUCGAGGUUUUUCAUGGACGCCUGAGCGAUGAUAAAAUGCUAAAAAAGGUUGACAUUUAUGUCGGCAGUGAUGGCAUACGAGUGUUCAGUGUAAGCCGAGAAUAUGACGGGAAACAAGGCAAAGAUGUGGCAAGGAGAAUUCUUGAAAAAAGGUAAGCCUAAAUUUCUCUCUUGGAUUGAACUAUAGCUAGGAAACUAAGUUGAGCUGAGCUUUAAAAGCACAAGUUAUUUAAAGUGAAAAUCUGGCUUGCAGUGCGCCCUUUCUUUCAGCGGAAACAUGUUCCAUAUUUUAAAAAAUAUCCUUUAAUUUUAUCACGCGCAAAAUGUUUUUUUCUGAACUGAGCGUAGAUAAUUGUCGUUUAUAAUAUCCAGUUUAUCUUAAGUUGAAAUGAUUAAACCUUUUUGUUCGAAUUGCCACUCGCUAAACUUUUAAACCAAAACAGUUUUCUUGGGGAUUAACAAUUUGCAUCUUUAAAUCAUCUGUUUAUACCUUGGCAAUUUUUUACUGACGAAUAUAAAUUUUUUAAAAAGUCCAGCGACUUGUCUUACGGACUAGAAAAACAACUUCAAAACUAUUUAUUUCGAUUUUUUUAAAAAAGAAAAAACUAUAAUUACUUUAAUGGUGAUCUUUUCUCUUUUUUUGGAAGUGCAUGGAAUUUCGUGAAUCUAAAUGACAGAUUUUUUAAAUCGAAAUACAUAUAAUUGAGUUUUUCAGUCUGUGGUUGAUUUGAGCUACUAUUUGUUUUGCAUUGGCACACAGACGUCUUAUCUGGCGAGACCGCAAACGACUAAUUUUUGGAGAAGUCGCUCUUUUAUUUUCCUCUUCUCAGAAAGUAUCGCUAUAACGAAAAAAAUUCACGGAGCUGAUAUCGGGCGAGUUUACAUUUGAGCGAGAACCAAGCCGAUGGAUCUAGAUUUUUUAUUUUUUUUUGGACGUCACCUUUGCAGUUAUCUUUAAUUCGUUUUUAUUCUAUCCCGCCUGCGGGUAUUCUCAAGGUGGAAGUAGUUCAAUUUUGUAGGAAAAUGGUAGAGUGCUUCUCGUAAUGAAAUGAAAAGCAAAGAGAACUGCAGGCUAUCCGAUAUUGAAUACGAAAAUUGCAUAAAAGCAAAUAAGGAAGGCAGAUGUUUACAGUGUACUCUUUCAAUAAACAGGGAAAUAAAAUGCGGGAACAGCAGUUCGCAUAUGAAGUCGCGUUUGUACAUCUGUAGCAAAAAAUUGACUGUAAUUGAAAGAAUGAAAGGAAAGCUUAAGAAAGAACUCGUGCUAUUUCAAUUUUUUUUGGCGACAAAAACCUUUGUUUUAAACUUGAAUGUAUCCGCCCGCUACACCGCUGAGAUAUAAUCACGUUCCUUUUCUAAGAGACGAGUGUUUUCUCAAGCUCUCGGCUUGUUUGCUUUUGUGAUCGAGAUUCAGUGACAGCCCUGUAAUAUUAGUUGGAGACUCAUGUUCUGUUUCAGUGGUACCUGUCAAUGCUGCUAGAGUUUCAUUGUUACAAGAUGGCUACCUGAACAACCGAGAAUCUGUUUUAAACAAGAUACAAAGUUAAGAAUGAACUGAAUCGAGAAAAGAACGCUUUCUUGCCAACCCUAUUACUCUUUUAAUUAAGUUCAAUGUGUUAUUUACUCUAGAUGACUUCGUAUAAAUAAAUUGAGUUAUUCAAAAUGCCCCUCACUACUUAGUAAUCGUCUUUAGGGCUUUGUCCUUAAGCGAAAUUCGUUGACGUCAGUCAAUCCUGAAUCCGCUAUAAUCAUACUGCAGAGAUUAGCUAGCCGAAUAUCACACGUGUAUUUUUUUAAUCAGAGUAAAAAAUUUUCCUGCGAAAACGUGAGUACAAUGUGUAAUAAGACCGUUCACCGCUGGCCACGCAUUACAGAUUUCCUUUUCAUGAUUAGCACAACUGAGUCAUAGUAUAUAUUCCGUUUCCGAGCUUAUUUUAAUUUUUGACAUUGUUAUUAUUACAGUCUAGGACUAAUUUUGUCUUCCUUUGUGGAAUGAAUAACCCCUUACGCACUUGACUUUAUUAGACCCUGGGUGCCUGUUUGGUAGCUGGAGGUAUAUCUCGCGUGCUGCGGGUUUCUUAAGCAUCGUCCUUCACUGACAUCUUCGGGCUCUAAGCAGUUGAAAACGCACGCUGUUGGAACUAAACUAAUCUGUGGACACCUUCUUUUCAGCCCUUAUAUCCUCUUGGACUAAUUUACCUGUAGUGAAAGCAUCGGCCGUUUGAAUGUUACUGGAAAUACCACAAAAGUGGAAUAGACCUUGUCAAGGUUUUCGACGCCAUCUUGACUAGUAGGCAAACGCGUGAGAAAUUACAGUGUUUGUAUGAGAAUCUAAUGUCGAAUAAUUUCCGUGAAACGGCUGUUCAGAAAAAAUUAUCAAUUGUAAACUAAAGCUACAAAGCAAAGGAGUGCCGUAAAAAAUUUGGGGGGCAUACCUGUGCUUAAAUUUCUCCGGAGGCUUGCGUUAGAUUUUCCAUACAUUUGUCUGUAAUUUUCCCGGGACUUUCUUACAGACAAAUGUAUAGAAAAUUUUAAGAAGUGGUUCUAGGUCUUCUAGUGCAUGUAACGCCCUCAAAUUUUUUCAGGAGAAUCCUUAGGAGUGAAGCUUUAGUUUACAAAUCAUAUUUUUUUUUCAGAACAGCCGUCCUACGGAAAUUGUUCCACAUUAGAUUCUCAUACAAACAUUGUAAUUUCUCACGCGUUUGCCUACUCGUCAAGAUGGCGUCGAAAACCGUGACAAGGUUUAUUGGCCGGCUGAGAAACAGAUUUUCUGAUUAAAUCACGAGAUCAGAGUUGGCAAUCAGUCAACCAAGUUGAUACUAAUACUGCUUGGCUUAAAAAAGAUGGAAGACAGAAAUGAACACAAUACUCAAGCUGAAACGAAAGUUGCAUUUGCAUGUAAUCGCCCUUAGAAAAUGUCAAAGGUCAAAGACCAAAGGAUAACGUUGAUUCUUGGAGGCCCUAUAGUAACAGGUUCUGUUUAAAAUUGUCAGUCAGGUUAAAAUAUGAGGAACAUACUGUAAAUCCUCUAUUAAGACCCCCUCUCAAAUAAGCCCCAUCCCUCUCAUCAGAGCUGUGGAUGGAUUUCUCCAUGUCAAAGAUCAUUGGGAGGGACCAUUGAACCACAGCAUGUAUUGUGAUUGCAUUUUUUUCUCAUGUCACUGUUUUGUACUUUCAGAGUUUCCUUUGAAGAUGUGUCCACCGUUUCGUACAACAACCGCUGUUUCACUGUCGUCCACGGUGGCACCGGGCCGUUAUCCCAGCGAGACACCUAUAAGAUGAAGUCAGAGAGCGAUGCAGUUGCGUUGUUCCGAACGUUUACCGAGUACCACACAUUUUACCAGUGUAACACUGUCAAGCGAUCAGUUAUCGAUCAGUGCACGAGGACAUUCGCUGGCCGGCUGUUUUCCGUGUUCGUGCCUCGUAACGACUUCGGCAGGAUUUUCCUGUUCGACGUGCAGCGCACUCGGCGUCAAGCAUACAGUCAUGCGUGGGGCGAGCUUAACUCGUGUCGUAUGAUUGACAUGACAUGCUCCACCUCUGGCAGUUUCCGUUGCGCGGGUGCGUCAGCGGAGUACCGCCCUGUACAGUCUCCGCUCACUCAACGGAGGUGCUACAACAUGAAAAGAAAAGACAAACCUGGGACGUUCCGGGGCGAGGGACAGAGAGCCUGUACAGAACGAGAGUGCACGGAGAAUAUGUCUUCAGAAGAGCUGAAGGUUAUGGUACGACACCUUCAGGAUGCACGUAUCUGUCAGAUAUGCAUGGAUAGCGAGGUUGCUACUGCUUUCUGCCCUUGUGGUCACGUGGUUUGUUGUGUGGAUUGUUCAGCCAUGUGCAAGGAAUGCCCGUUAUGCCGAAGUCAGAUUACCUAUGCACAGAGGGUCUUCUUCCCUUGCCAGUGAAAGGAGACUUUGUGAAAGUGCAUGUCCGUUUUAUGUCCAAACCGAGAAGAUCUUCGGAACGUAAUAAAUAUGUCUUACACUUCACUGUUUAAUAUAGAAUUGCCACGUGGAACAGUGGAACAUUGUACUUAAUGGCAAUCAUAUUAAUGAUGAAGUAAAAUUGUAAUGCUUAAGUUGAAAAAAUUACGCGUAAACACGUUUACGACAUGGAGAUAGCAGGAUUCUCCGUUUCUAGCAACAUCUGUCGCAUUGAAGAGGACCUUCGUUUCAGAACGACUUCACUGAAAGGCGGAAUUGUUUUAUUUUGAGAUAUUGCGAGUCCGCCGAGAGGAUGUAUAAACUAUUUGUAGAGAAAGAGUUUAUAAAAUAUUUCUUUAUUACGUACAAAAAGAACUAAAAAAUUUAGGUUUGUUUGAGGCAUCUUUGAAAUGCAGAAAGAAAAAAAAUGAUAAAGGUAGUUACAGUGUAUUUAUUGCUUUUGAAAAAAAAAUGGUUUACGGUCAAUUGAGCGUGUAAUUUCCUUUCUGGAAAAGAGAAAUUGUUGAGUUUAGCAACCUUUUUGCCGGCUGAGAAGCUGGUUUUGAAGUCGACAACGAUCACUUCAAAAAACAUGGAUGGAUUUUUUUUAAUAGAGUAGUUUUCUAGCCAAGUAGAAGACAAACUAUUCUUUCAGAUAUUUGAGUUAUUACGCAAAGUAUUGCAGUUAUUGUUUUUUUUUCGCCCUUUGUUGUAAGAUUAUUUACUGCGUAUUUUUCAUGACGCACAGUUUUUCUUCAUAUUCUUAGAUUAAUAGUCUGAUUUUGCGGGUUGGUUUACGGAAGGGUUUUCGUGUCAGUUCCAAGAAAGUUCCAAAUUAAAGAAGAUUAACAGUUCAUUGUUGCGAUAAGUGAUAUUUAUAGGGUCAAGAUUGAGUUGAGGUUUGUCAUUAACUGUUGGAACAUUCUCAUUUUCCCUUCGAGUCUAAAGAGUAGCCCUUAGCUUAGUACUGAAAUAAGAACUUAGAUAUUUUAAAACAAUU